AUGACUGAUAAUAAAAUGAAAUUACUUCAAAAGAAAGACUUAAUUAGUUUCUUCAAUGACUGUUUUAAAGACAAGGUGAUCACAUUCCCAAAUGACAACUAUCGUACUUGGGAAGACUUUAUUCCUCCUAGAGCUAGGCCUCGUCUAUCACAAACUGAUGCAUACGAUGUUGGGAUUCUUUGUUAUGAAUUAAGUGAAGAUCUGAUUAAGAUUAAUGCUACUGCAUUUAUUGAGCUUUUCUUAAAACUCCCAGAGCUAAACAUUGGGGAAAGAAAUAACGUCUUCAAGAAAAGGAAAUUAAUUUCUUCAAGUAAUAGUGAAUACUCAAAGUACUUCAUAGGAACUACAGAUAAAGACUCUAAUAUGGCUAAUCGGGUUAGGUUUUUCCAUAGAACUCUGAGUGAGAAGAUAAGAUGGCAUAUGGAAAUUAUUAAGAGUGAAAUUACAGCUUGUCUUGAAACCCAAAUGUCCAAUCAUAGUAUUAUUGGUGAUGAAUUUCAAUCUUCUUUUUGUGAUCAAAUCAAUUUGCCCAAAAGUCCCGAAAAUUACAUGACCAGUAAAGAUAAUAUAGAUUAUGUUUUGAGUACAUAUGCUAGAGCAUUCGGUAAUCUAUUCAAUGAAAAUCUAAAUGUUUAUCAUAAAAGAGAAACAAAACCAAAUCAGUACUACAAGUAUGAACCCACUGGAAACAACAGAGUGAGCUCAGCAUUAGGUGGUAACACAUGGAGGCCUGAAUUCAUAAUUGCUAGUGAUCAAGACCCUGAACGGAAGUGGGUUAUUAUGGGAUUAGCUGGUUAUAAUAUAGACUUACUUUGUCAAUUUAUUGAAGAUAAGUCAAGGGACCCAGAUCGAAAUAUUGACUGUAAAGAAAUAAACGAGGUUCUUUGUGAGAUGUACCUAAAUCAAAUCCUUUAUGGUAGGAGUGAUACUCUAAUUACUGAUGGGUUUAGAUUUGUUUACUUUGAGAUUGGUCUGGUUACAAAGACCAUAAUUCAUCUUAAUUAUAUGAUAGUUGAAAAUACCGAUACAAGCCCAGUUACACUCAGAGAACUCUUAUAUUGGUGGUUGUACAAAAAUCACCAACUUGAAGGUAACAAUAGUUUAGGAUUAAGUCAAUUGAUUAACAAUUAUUUGAAACAAACACAAGACAAUGUUCCAGAAGUUAAUGGAAGGGAUACUGAUCCAUUGGAUGAUUUCAAUAGAUUUGCAGCUCAUAUUUUCAGGAGAACCUCCCAAGAUCUUGGUGCUGAUGAUUUGUUCAAAAACGAUAAAAGGAGAUGUGAUUUAAACCUGAUGAAUCUAGAUACUUUAGGCAAACUAAAGACCCAUCAAUUUUGUUUAUCGAUCGAUAUUAGUUCUCAAAAAUAUAAGGAAAUGUUUGGCUCCAACAAUCAGCAAUCGAAGUCAAGUGAACUUUUUUUGAAAUUAAUUGAUCCUGAAUAUUUUUGGUUGGCAAUUUUAGAACACGCUUUUAAAAAAGGAGAAUAUGAUGGACCUCGUUUUGGUUAUAGAGUUGCAUGUGGAAAUUUUUUGACUGAAGUUUUGACUUACAAUAAAAUUGAGAAUUAUAAUAUGAGUUGUACUGAUGUGAAACAGGUAAUCAAUAUUCCAAGAUUAAUUAACUUUGGUAUCAUAAAUAUGGAGAAUCCAACACAUAGAGCCAAUGAGUCUGAGUUACCUUAUCACGCUAACGGGAAGUCAGAUGUUCCUAAUCAUGCUUUUUAUAUAUUGAUGGAGAACAUUCCAAAAACAGAUGAUAUUACUCAGAAACACAUCAAAUCAAUAAGAGAACAAAUCUACAAUCUGAACUAUUUUGCUAACAUAAGACAUGGUGAUAUCAAGGGUGAUAAUAUUAUAAUAUCAGGGGAUAAGGUUUAUUUGAUUGAUUUUGGGGCAGCUACCAAAUUUAGACGUUUGCCAAUCAAGCCUACUAAGCCAGUAAGUAAGAGUACCGCCAUCAAAGAAUCAUAUGAUUUUGAAAGGUUAGAAAUAUAUAUUGAUGACGUAAAAGACAUUAUUGCUCAUGGCACUUUAGCAUCACCAGGUGAUAAUUUAGAAGAAUUUGAACAAUGUUUAUCAACAUGUGAAUCAAAUAUUUGUUCAAAAACUCCAUCAAAUUUUAAUGAAUUAUAUCAAGGUUAUCAAUUUUCACAAGUCUCUCCUAUAUUGAGAUUAUUAUGCUGGGAUUGUUUUGCAAAUUGUGAUUAUCAAUGUCAACAAAUUAUAACAAUUGAACGAGUAAAAUCAAAUGAAGAAAUUUUACAAUUCCAUGGGAAAUGGCCCUUUAAAAGAAUAUUAUUAACUCAAGAAUUCUUUUCAACUUUAUUCUCUGCAUUGAAUUUCAUACCACAUUAUUUAAACUUCCAAAAAUUUUAUAAAAAAUAUCAAUCAACAACUCAAAAUUCUCAAAAAAUACUUGUUGAAAAUAUUUUAAUAAUUUCCAUAAUAACAAUGUUUGCAUGGAUUUUCAGCACAAUUUUCCAUAUUCGUGAUUUGAUUAUAACUGAAAGAUUAGAUUAUUUCUUUGCAGGUGCAACUGUUUUGAGUGGAUUACAUGCAUUAAUUAUAAGAGUUUUCAGAUUUGAUCUUGAACCUAUCAAAAAGCAAUGGACAUCAAGAAUUUGUUUAUUACUUUAUCUUUAUCAUUUCAUUAGAUUAAAUUAUGAUUGGUCUUAUACUUAUAAUAUGCAAGCAAAUAUAACAAUUGCUAUAUUACAAUAUGGAUUAUUUUUAAUUUUAAGUUAUCAACAUUAUAAAGAAUUUCCAAAUAGAAAAUCAUUAUAUUUAAAACCUUUAUUAUUAAUUGGUUCAGUGGUUUUCGGUAUGAGUUUUGAAGUAUUUGAUUUUAUAAAUUUAAAUUUCCAAAUUGAUGCACAUGCUAUAUGGCAUUUGACAACAAUUUUACCAGGUUUUUGGUUAUAUGAAUUUUUUGAGCAAGAUUUAAAUACAAUAACAAAUAAAAAUAUUGAUUGA